UGUUCAAGUUUCACAUUUUCAACUCUCCAACGCUCUCUGAAGCUUUGGUAGACACCCAUGGCCUUAUCUCCGAACUUCCAUACAAUUUUCGCCACCUCUCAAUCCUCUUCAAACUCAGCAUCUCCCAAGCUUCCCGCUUCUCACUCUUCACUUACCAGCUUUCACUUCUCAACGAAAACCGUUAGAGGCAACAGCUACAACCUAUCGAGGACUUCAGCUUCUGAUGAAAAAUGGAGGGCCAAUGUCUCUUUCUUCCCUGCUUUCUUAAACAAAGGCAAGGAUGCUAAGGCCCUCAAGGAAGAGCUUCUCGAGGCCAUUGCACCACUUGACGGAGGAGCUGAUGCCACCCUUGAAGACCAGCAGAGGGUUGAUCAGAUUGCUCGCAAGCUUGAAGCAGUUAGUCCCACAAAGGAGCCUCUGAAAUCUGAUCUGUUAAAUGGAAAAUGGGUGCUUAUUUACACCACUUCCAAAUCUAUUUUGCAAACUCAGAGACCCAAAUUCCUGAGAUCAACUACAAACUACCAAGCAAUCAACACAGACACACUCAGAGCCCAAAAUAUGGAAUCUUGGCCUUUCUUCAACCAGGUUACAGCAGAUCUAACACCCUUGAAUGCAAGAAAGGUGGCUGUAAAGUUUGAUUCUUUCAAGAUUGGAGGUCUGAUACCUAUCAAGGCUCCUGGAAGAGCUCGUGGUGAAUUAGAGAUUACAUAUUUGGAUGAAGAACUGAGUUUUUCCAAUCAGGAUAUCCAGAGGUGAUAAAGGGAACUUGUUCAUCUUGAAAAUGGUUGAUCCAUCUUACCGCGUCCCCGUCUAAAUUGAAUGGUAGUAGCAGUGGCAUUGUUCAGCCAUUAACAGGGAUGGACCGACUUCUUCAAGCUUUAGCUGAUACAUUUUUCUUAUAUUAAAUUGGUUUUUUUACAUGUUUGUGUACAAAAAUUUUCCUUGGUGAUCAUGCAAGUUUUGUUUUCAGGCAUUUGCUUACUUGGGUCUUGUGUUUAAAGGUUAUAGUGCAGGAUAAUUAUCAUCUGCCUUGUUGACAAUAAUGACUUCUACAAGUAAAUUUAUAAUUUUGUAUAUGAUAUGAGAGAUAUGAAUAGACACGGAGUUGACCGUUUUUUAAUUUAUAAUAAUUGUAUUUCAUGUUUUAAAUGUA